AUGCACAUUGUGCAUUACUCCGUGGGAGAACCGCAGAAGGUGAACGGAACGCUUUCGACUCUCCGUGAACUGCUAAUAGUCGGGCUUGACGGUUCCAAAAAGCUGCGUAACUUUGCAACGGAGAUCUCUCAGUGGAGCGUUGACAAAGACAUCUACGACGGCAACGACCACAAGUUUUCACUGUAUCGAUACCAAUUUUGUUAUGGAAGUGGUCAAUGGUCAUUAGAGGGCGUGAAGCGCUCGAGAACACCGGCAUCUGUUAUUCUUCCCGCGAUGAGAAUGAAUAACAUUCUCGAAGACGUCAAGCACUUUCUUAAAGUGGAGACGCGUAAAUGGUAUGUCGAGCACGGUAUGCCACAUCGGCGUUCGUUUCUUUUUUUCGGACCACCCGGGACAGGCAAGACAUCGACGAUCCGUGUGAUCGCGUCUCAAUUCCAGCUCAACUGCUGUUUUCUGAGCAUGACGAAUCCAGGAUUCAGCAACCAGGACCUCGCCCAGGCACUCACAGUGAUCCCCGCGAACGCGCUUCUCGUACUUGAGGACGUGGAUGCACUAUUCAACAAGGACCGAACCAGCGCCGAGGCACCGAACCUCUCCUUUUCGAGCUUUCUGAACGCGUUGGACGGGUUGAUCAGUGCGGAUGGGGUCAUCACGGUGAUGACGACGAAUCACAUUGCCAAACUGGACAGCGCGUUGAUUCGGGGCGGACGUGUGGAUCGACGAUUUCACUUUCCUAGUCCUGACGAGGAGCAGAUCAAACAGCUAUUCAUGUCCUUCUACCCAGAGGCGGGGCAGGAAGUGGCACAGGAAUUCGUGAGGGCAGUGUUUUCCAGGCUCGGGGACAAGGAGGCACGGUCGAUCGCGACGUUGCAGCAGCUGUUCAUCGAUCAGCGGGAGAAUUCGGCGGAAGAAUGCGCGCGGUCAGUGGCCUCGUUCUUUGAAAGGUUUUAUCCCAAGGGGGAUACUUCCUUAAGGGGAGCAGACCAUAUCUAUGGGUAG